AUGGCAUCUAAGGACAGAGAUAUCCUCCCGGACGUGGUCAAGCCUGUUCAUUACAAUGUGUCUUUGUUUGACCUUCAGUUCGGUGGCUCAUGGGGUUAUAAGGGUACCGUCAAAAUCGAUUCCAAGGUCAACCGUCCCACAAAAGAGAUCGUGUUGAACUCGAAGGAAAUCGAAGUCCAGGAUGCCGAAGUUUUUGGAAAUGACGGGACCAAGCUGGCAAAGGCAUCUAAUAUCGCUUACGACACCAAAUCGGAAAGAGUCACCUUUACCUUUGCAGAAGAAAUACUCCCCGCAGAUGUUGUCCUGUCAAUCAAUUUCACCGGUAUAAUGAACAAUGCCAUGGCUGGAUUUUCCCGCUCCAAGUACAAGCCGGUGGUGGAUCCGACCGACGAUACUCCCAAGGACGGAGAUUCCUAUUACAUGCUUAGUACCCAAUUCGAAUCUUGUGAUGCUCGUAGGGCCUUCCCUUGCUUUGAUGAACCGAAUUUGAAGGCCACAUUCGACUUCGAGAUCGAGGUUCCCCGAGGUCAAACAGCCCUUAGCAACAUGCCUAUCAAGUCUGAGAGGAGCGGCAGCAGGCCAGAGCUCAAGUUGGUCUCUUUUGAAACUACACCUGUUAUGAGUACUUACCUUCUGGCAUGGGCAGUCGGUGACUUUGAAUAUGUUGAGGCAAUGACUCAACGCAAAUACCAAGGCAAGAGCAUACCUGUUCGCGUGUAUACGACCAAGGGCCUCAAGGAGCAGGCUCGCUUUGCUUUGGAAUGUGCCCAUCGUACAGUCGAUUACUUCUCUGAAAUCUUUGAGAUCGAGUAUCCGUUGCCUAAGGCGGAUCUCCUUGCUGUCCAUGAAUUUGCUAUGGGUGCCAUGGAGAACUGGGGGCUUGUUACCUACCGAACGACUGCUGUUCUUUUCGAUGAGGGCAAGUCAGACACCAGAUACAAGAAUCGUAUUGCAUAUGUCGUCGCGCAUGAAUUGGCGCACCAAUGGUUUGGAAACCUCGUAACGAUGGAUUGGUGGAAUGAGUUGUGGCUCAAUGAGGGCUUUGCAACAUGGGUUGGCUGGCUUGCUGUGGAUCAUUUCUAUCCAGAAUGGAACAUCUGGUCUCAGUUUGUCGCUGAGAGUGUCCAACAAGCAUUUCAACUCGAUUCACUGCGAGCUUCCCACCCGAUCGAGGUGCCCGUGAGGAACGCUCUCGAAGUCGAUCAAAUUUUUGAUCAUAUCAGCUACCUCAAAGGAAGCUCGGUCAUUCGGAUGCUAAGUGAUCAUCUUGGCCGGGAAACAUUCCUGCGUGGAGUAGCCGCAUAUCUCAAAGCUCAUGCAUAUGGCAAUAAUGCCACCACUAAUGAUCUUUGGAGCGCUCUCAGCAAAGCGUCUAAUCAGGAUGUUACUAGCUUUAUGGAUCCCUGGAUUCGCAAGAUUGGCUUCCCUGUUGUCACCGUAACCGAGCAAGCCGGCCAACUCAGUGUUCGUCAAAGCCGCUUCUUGUCGACGGGUGAUGUUAAGCCCGAGGAAGAUGAGACGGCCUGGUGGAUUCCCCUUGGUGUAAAAUCAGGACCUAAGAUGGCCGACGUAAAACCCGGUGCUCUUGUUUCCAAGGAAGAUACAAUUUGGGGGCUCGGACAAGAUUCCUAUUACAAGCUGAACAAAGACCUGUCUGGCUUUUACCGAACCAAUUACCCUGCUGAUCGGCUGGCGAAACUCGCUCAGUCUCUGGAACUGCUGAGCACCGAGGAUAAGAUUGGAUUGAUUGGCGAUGCCGCUGCCCUAGCUGUUUCUGGCGACGGAUCCACUGCUGCUCUAUUGGCUCUCUUAGAGGGUUUCAAGGGCGAGAAGAAUUAUUUGGUCUGGUCCCAAAUCUCUUCCACUAUUGCGAACUUACGCUCUGUGUUCGCCCUGAAUGAGUCGGUAGCAGCAGGACUCAAGAAGUUUGCCCUCGAGCUUUCAUCCCCUGCUGCUAACAAAAUCGGCUGGGAAUUUAGCUCGGAGGAUGACUAUCUCACUAUCCAGCUCCGUAAGCUUCUAAUCGGAAUGGCUGGCCGUGCGGGCCACAACGACAUAAUAUCCGAGGCCGAACGACGAUUUGAGCUUUGGAAAUCAGGCAGCGAUAAGGAUGCUGUGCAUACCAACCUCCGCUCAGUGAUCUUUAGUAUCGUGAUUUCAGAGGGCGGUCGUGAAGAAUACAAUGCUGUAAAGCAAGAGUAUCUCAAGACCGACUCCGUUGACGGCAAGGAGAUUUGCUUAGGAGCUCUUGGACGUACUAAAGAUGCUGAGCUGGUAAAGGAUUACUUAGAUUUUGUUUUCUCAGACAAGGUUGCCAUCCAGGAUAUUCACAAUGGCGCGGCUUCAAUGGCUACGAAUCCCUCGACUCGCCACCUUCUAUGGGAUUAUAUGAAAGAGAAUUGGGCGGCCGUUGAAACUCGCUUGUCAGCGAACAAUGUCGUUUUCGAGCGGUUUGUGCGUAUGGGACUGUCCAAAUUCGCGAACCACGAUAUCGCAGCCGAUAUUGCUUCGUUUUUCCGGGAGAAGGACACUGGUGCGUACGAUCGCGCCCUGGUAAUCGUUGCUGAUAGCAUCCGAACGAAUGCACGCUACAAGGAAAGAGAUGAGAAGCAGGUCUUAGAGUGGCUUCGGGGCCAUGGCUACGCUUGA